AUGAGUAUUAAGUAGGUUCACCCAACAAAGGAAAAGGAAGAAUAGAAUGAAUUUAAAAGGGAUUGCAUUAGAGUAUGCAGUUCGGUUCAAAUAUUCAAUGAUCUUAGAAAAAGAAGAGUAAAAGCCAGAGAAGCUACAUAAAAAAUUUUCCAAAAAUUGGAGAAUUUUUCAUUUAAUUUCUUUAGUCAAUAAUAUCAGCAUAUAUUAUAACCAAAGGUUAGUUAGUUUACAAGUUAAGAUCUUAUUAUGGAAGAGGAAGAUGUUUUAGUAUUGGAAGGCUUCAAAAUUAAAUUUAAUAGGGCUAUAAGAGGAUUAUUAAUAAUCAUGAAUUUUUUACUUACUUUUUAAAUCAGACAAAGAAAAAUAAUAUAACUUAAUAAUCAAUUACAAAAUAAUAAAUUCCAUUUCUCCCUCACCUUUAAUUUAUUUCUGGAAAAUUAAGACAGAUUUUCCUAUAAAGCAGGACAGUAUAUCUUUAAUACAUCCCAUUCUAACUUAAGUUCAAUAAUUAAUUAUAAUAAGAGGUUUAAAUUAUUUUAAUGA